ACCAUCUUCUUAAUUUAUUUGUACUUCAUCUUUGAUUUCAAUUUGAUUCUGUUUUAUAACGGACUACUUCGGAACCUUGAUCAGUGUGAUACACAUCUUUGAAUCGUACCGACGACAAGUAUAUAUGUUCCGUACGACAACCUUUCUCAAGCACACGACACAUCACCUGUUCAAAGUAAAACCGUAUCGAUUUGCGAAAACAGCAAGCAUGUCUCUCAAGGCAAUAUCUUCCAAAGAUGCAGCUGCCUUGGAUAAGGAUCUAAUGGACGUGGGAGGCUUUUCACUAGACCAAUUGAUGGAACUAGCUGGUCUCUCUGUAUCGCAAGCUGUAUAUCGAUUUCAUCCUAUAAGUAAAGGCAAGAAUGUUCUUGUUGUAUGCGGACCUGGAAAUAAUGGAGGGGACGGACUUGUUGCAGCUCGUCAUUUAGUGCACUAUGGCUACAAACCAUCUGUUUAUUAUCCGAAGCAAGGCAAGAACGAAUUAUACGAGCGCCUCAAAAUCCAACUUCGGAACCUCGAUGUCCCCUUCGUACCAGACUUCACAGAUGCCCUCAAAUCUGCCGAUCUGGUAGUCGACGCCAUCUUUGGCUUCUCCUUCCAAAAGCCUCUCAGAGAACCCUUCCCAUCCAUCAUAAGUCAAAUGGAAGAAACAAAAGUACCAGUCCUCAGCGUCGAUGCGCCCAGUUCAUGGGAUAUUCAAGAAGGACCACCAAAGGAAGGUCCCGGUGCCAAGUUCAUGCCCGGAGCGUUGAUUAGUCUUACUGCGCCCAAACCAUGUGUCAAAUGGUAUAAGGGUAGGCAUUUUGUUGGGGGAAGGUUUUUGACAAAAUCAAUUGCGGAUAAAUAUGAUUUAGAUAUUCCUGAUUACCCGGGCAUUGACCAGAUUAUGGAGGUUGGUGUUAAUGCUGACGAGAAGCUCUAGAUUACGAAAUUGGAAGAAUUAUGUCUCUGAUGGAUGGAUGAUGGGUCAAGAUGUAGGCUUAAUGAACUAUCUGUAGCUGGCUUUUGAUUGUAGAAAGAAUAUGAAUAUGAUUGGUUCAUGUGAGAUAUGCAAAAAUGACCCAGAAGACUUCCAGAAAGCCAGUAAAUCUAUCGCAUGACAUCCCGGAUCUCUCCAAUCACACCCUUCACCCGCGGUUCGCGUCCAGCACUAGAACUCGAGACCUUGCUCAAUAUUUUUUCAACGUCGUAAAUAUUCUUUGCGGCACUCUUCACUUCCUCGCCAGACGCUUUGACAAGCGUCCCAAGAGCCACUAGUCCGCGAUACACUGCCUCCGAGUCCUUUUCAUCUGCAAAGAUCUUGGACAGUUCAUCAAGCAGUUGAAGAGCGUGCUCUGCAGAUUCUGCACUUUGAACCCGUCCCGGAUUAGUGAAAUAGACCGCAUAAUUGAUGUAUAAGGUCGUAGCGGCUAUCGUAACAUUUCGAUUCGACGGUGCACCUGCUGCUGUGGUAGCUGAUGAUACCAUCCGAAGAAUAUCAUCGAAUUUGGUCGCAGCAAGAUCUCCACCUAGAGGGGUAUCAAAGAGAUUUGCAAAGAAUCGAAUUGUCAGCAUGGCAUUGUUGACACUGAUGGGACUAUCGAACACCCCGCUUUGUUGAACGGUGUCGAUAAUAUCCUGCCCCUCAAACCGAAUUUGAGCAGUAACAGGUGUAGCUGCCGCUAGAAGUCGAAGUAAGUCAAGUCCAGGAAGUCGAUUUGCAGGAGGCCAUUUGAGAGCCGCCUUCAAAACAAGUUGUAUGCUGUCCUCCACGGCAGCAGGAUCUUUGGGGAACGAAGCAGUAUUCUCUAAGUGAUUGCAGAAAGCCACAACUGUAUUUAAUUCGGGCGGGUUGUAGGAAUAGUCCUUGUUCCCAGAAGAGACAAGCUGUUCGUUCAGUUCCGUCAAUUUCUUCACUAUCAAUUUGAUAUUCGCUGACUUGAUAGAGAGGUAGCUUUUCUGGGGAAGCACAUUUUGACGGGUUUCUGGUAUCGACGGAGACUGGGGUGCAGCGGCGGCAGCAUCGCCUGGACGAUAUCGUCUCUCUUGACCCCAGGGAUCAGAACCAGGCCCUGCUUGCUGGGUAUCUGUCGUCUGACCGAUUGUUGCUCCUUGUGUAUUCUGAGUUAUGAAAUUGGCUACUUGGUCCAAAUACCCGAUCGGUAGCUCAUUAUCAUGUAUAAACUUCGUAGCAGCUUCGUAUGGAUUUUGGGACAAGUUGUAAGGCAGUUUCAAAGGUGGCUUGCCAUCCUCAAUGUCGACAUCGAAGACAUAGUCAUAAUCUUGUCCAAGGUACUCAGUCUUCCUUCCGGAGCUUCCUGCCGAAUCGACAACUGUACCGACCGCAAUCCAUUCCUGUGUUGCUGACGACCAAGUAUGGGCUGUAACGCUGCCAUUGUCUUCCCUAAUCAUUUGCACCUGGCCAUCUUUGGUGCCAGACUUCUGUUUGAGAAACUCAGGCCCUGGUAAUUUUUCCUUGUUGAUAUUACCCACUUGCUGUUGUG